AUGAAACCUAGUAAAUCACUUUUUAAUGAUUUAGAACUGCCAUUGUGGCAACUUGAUGAAAAUCUUAUUUUCAAAUACAAACAUUAAGCUUAAUCCUUAUCAUUGAAUCCUAUUUUAAAAAGUAUAUUGAACAAACCACCAGAUGAAAGAACUUACGAAGAAAUCAUUUUUAUCAAUGAAUAUUUAAUUGGAUUCUCUUACUUUCAAACUAUUAAAAAUUAGCAUGGACAAGAAUGCCUAUUUAGAUUGUCUUAAUUUGCACUAUUGAACAGUAUCCCGAAUGAGACAAUAAUCGUUAAAAAAAGUAACUAAAGAAAAUAAAAUAGAUGAAGAACCUAAUGCUCUUUAUUUCAUUAUAGAAGGGUAAGUUAUGCAAAUUAAUGAAAAUAUUUGUACUGUUUCAAAUAUUGGAGAGCCUAUUUUUGAAGAAACCCUAUUAAAAUUUGUAUUUAAUAAAUCUGAUUUUAUUACAAAAAAGAAUUCUACCUUCAUUACAUUAAAUGGUCUUGUUUUUAGAGCUUCUCUACAUAAAUACUCCCCAUAAUAAAUUUCUAAAAGAAAAAAUUAUUUACAUCACCCUUUAUUGAAUGUAUUAUCGAAAUAUGAUUUUUAAGAAUUAUUUUCUGUCGCAUAAACAGAAGAAUAUGAUUAAGGAUCUAAAAUUUACAAAAUAAAUGAUUAAUUAGAAUAUUUAUAUGUAAUUCUUCAAGGAAAUCUAAUUAUUGGAAAAUAAGUUGGAUCAAAGUAAAAAGAACAUUUUUAAAAAGUACCAUAAAUUCUCUUGGCAGAAUCAGCUAAGCAAAGAUAUUAAAUAAAAGCUAUUACAUAAAUAUCAAAUAAUGAUAUAUUUGGUUUUGAAGAAUAUGUUUCCAACAAAACCACCAGAAACUUUGAAGUAUCCUGCUCUAGUAAAAAAUGUAAAGUUAUCAAAUUUCCUCUCAAAAUUUUCUUUUCCAAAUUUAAUUAAGUUUUCAAUCUAAAGGAAUUUAAAAUGAUAAUUGAUAUUAUUUCUUAAAGGAAUCUUUUUCGGGAUAGAAUACACUCCAUUUAAGUAUAAUUAUACGAAAAUCAAAUUUAAUAAACAUCAAAAUCUAAUUAACCUAUGCGCUAUGAAACUUUAGAACCCAUACCUUAUGAGAAUUAAAUUAGAUCCAGACCUAGAUCAUUUCUAUUAGAAAAUAGUAUAUUAUUGCCAGAUGAUUUAAAAUCCAAUUUACGAUUAUCAUCUUAUUUAAAAACCUCUAUUAAUACCAAAGAUCAAAUCAACCUAAAUUCGUUUACUCUAGAAAAUACUCCUGAAAACUUAAAAAAAAAAAAGAAAUUAUAAAUUAGAAUUAAUUAUUAAAUUGAAAGUGAACUACAUAAAAACAACUCAUUUGAUAAAACUAAGUUAAUCAAUAAAUUUAAAAAUUUCCAAAAAUAUUCUAAUGAAUAGAGUCCGAUCCAGAAAUUUCUCAAUCUUAAACCUGAAUAAAAGUAGGACAAAUUUAAAAUAAAAUAAGAAAUCAUUGAUUAAUCAUUUUAACUUUUAUAGGCUCGAGAAUCUUAAAAUUCAAGAUGUUCUCCUUUACCAGAAAUACCAUCAUUCUAACCUAAAUAAGGAAAAUUCUAAUAAAAACUAAUUCUAAAAAAAUUCAAAGAAAAAUAAUUUUUAAUUAUUGAUAAAGCAUUAUGA